AGGGGAAACAGGAUGGCAGACGAGGCCGCUAGGGCGGCAGCCCUGAGCCAACAGGUGCUCCCGUUAAAGACAAUUGAGCCCACCCAAGUAUCGAGGGAACCACCUUUCCUCUAUUCGGACCAAGACUUAGAUACGAUUCAGCGGCUCGGUGCAGAGUAUGAUGAACAAAUAAGGGUUUGGAGGCUCGGAGAGAAAAUAGUCUUGCCACAUCAAUUGGCUAAAGAAAUAAUUACCAGCCUCCAUCAAUGGACUCAUUUGGGAUACAAAAAGCUAAAAGCAGCCUUACAGGAAGAUAGGCAGUCUUACUACAUCCCCGGACUUGACUCUUUAGCCCAGCAGGUGACUGAAUCCUGUGUUCCGUGUGCCAAGGUAAAUGCCAGACACCUCAAGCUCCCGGAGGGAGCUAGGGUAAGAGGAGACCGACCAGGAAUCAACUGGGAGGUCGAUUUCACUGAGAUAAGGCCGGGCAGUUAUGGGAAUAAGUAUCUUCUAGUUUUUGUAGACACCUUCUCCGGAUGGACUGAGGCAUUCCCCACAAAACGGGAAACCGCCCAGGUGGUCGUCAAGAAGAUCAUAGAGGAGAUCUUCCCCCGGUUCGGCUUGCCUAAGUUACAGGCCCGGUUGAGAGCACUCCAGAUCAUCCAGAACCAGGUCUGGAAACCUCUUGCAGCAGCCUACCAACCCAAGACGACAACCAUUCCACAUCCUUGAUGCUGUGUAUGUCCGAAGGCACCAAUCUAAGACUCUAGAGCCCCGGUGGAAAGGCCCCUUCACUGUGCUGUUGACAACUUCCACCGCUCUCAAGGUCGACGGAAUCGCUGCUUGGGUCCACGCCUCACACGUGAAGCAAGCACCACCUCCCCAGGGCCCCGAGGAUCUGGAUAGACCAGCCAAAUGGAAGCUCCAGCGCACUCAGAACCCACUCAAGCUAAGACUUUCAAAAAAACUGUUUAAUAUUUAUGAUG